CCCGAGUUUAUCAAAGUCUCGGAGCGAAUUUGAAAACCAUUCGGUUGUUUUCGGCACCGCACGAGUCGUUUGACGAACAGUGCUCUAUAUACAACGACAGUGUUUGGUCAGUGCAAACGGAAACAACGACGAUGCCAGUAAAAGUAUAUAUAAAUGUAUUUUGGUAUAUAGACAUAUAACAUGGGAUGUUCGACGAGUACAUGCGCGGACGUCGAGCAAGCAGAGCGACGUGAUCAACGCUGCAGUCGAGCGCCUUACUCCUACACGUUACACACGUUCGGUGAUUCAGUCCUUUCCGAAACUCCACUGUGUACGGUCGUGAAAUAUUUCUCAUACACGAGUGAUUCCUCGUUGUAUCCGAUCCUCCCUCAGUGUCGCAAGCACGAUUAAUCCCCAACGUUAUUUUCCUUCGACUGAUUUGGGAUAAAAAUAAUUAAAUUUAUGUUCCGAGAAUUGAAUAAAAACGUCAGACGACGACGUGACUGCUACUGGUAUUGAACGUACUUUUAUCUGCUACGAGUUCCGCGGUGCGAUCGAUACUUGUCAAAAUAGAACAUUGCCGAGUCUCGCUACGAAUUGGAUUUCCGAACACGAGGAAUAAACUGGGAGCGAAGAGGAGCGAGAAGCUGCUGAAGAAACCAGGAAUAAUUGCAGUCAUGCGUCUCACCAAGUAAUCGAGCAACUGGCCAGCCGCAACGCCCUUAUUCGCUGAUCGUUUCGUCGGUUUGUCGCAACGAAAUUCUUCGGAGAGCCGGAAAAUGACGACUGGAACAUCGCCGAACCACUUUUCACCGUCGCGCACUUCCCUGAGCUGCUGCCAGGGCGAGCAGGAUGGAAGCAACAACGGGGUCAAUGACCUCGUGCCAUCUGGAAAUAACAAUUAUCUCAUGAAGGAAAAGCACAUGUUUCCUAAGAGGCCCGAAGUCGAUUUGACCUUUCGCAAUAUUCGAUACAACGUCAAGCUCUGGAAUUUCCGCAAACUUGUACCAGAAACCAAAGAAAUUCUUCACGGAGUGAGCGGUGAGUUCCGAGCUGGAGAAUUGACGGCGAUAAUGGGACCGUCUGGAGCCGGAAAAUCGACGCUUCUCAAUGUCAUGGCUGGCCUCACUGUUCAAGGAGCCAGCGGUGAAAUUAUGGUCAACGGAAAGUUGCGCAGUCCGUACAGCGAGCGAUGGAAGAGAACGUCGUCCUACAUACAGCAAGAUUCAUUGUCGAGACCACAGCUGACCGUUGGAGAAGUCAUGUCCCUCGCUGCUCAUCUUAAACUCGGCUACACCAUAAGCGCUGCUUACAAACAUACGCAGGUUCUCGAGCUCUUAGAAAUGCUUGGACUGAGUCGCUGUUACGAUACUUUGUGCAGUCGACUAUCCGGAGGGCAGAAGAAAAGACUCGACGUUGCUCUCGAGCUCCUGAGUAAUCCUUCAGUAUUAUUUCUCGACGAGCCAACGACUGGCUUGGACUCGGCGUCUUGCAGUCAAUGUAUAGCAUUGUUGCAGCGACUGGCUCGAGUGGAGAGGCGCACGAUAGUUUGCACGAUUCAUCAACCGAGCGCUCUGCUUUUCGAAAUGUUCGAUUCCCUGUACGCGGUUGCAGGGGGUCACUGCAUUUAUCGAGGACCGAUUCACGGGGUGCUGCCUCACUUAUCGUCGGUCGGAGUCAGUUGUCCGCCUUACCACAAUCCUGCCGAUUUUUUGAUCGAGGUAGCGAUCGGCGAGUACGGCGUGACUGUCGAAAAGUUGGCGAUCGCAGCCGAGCAAGUUUGGGAAACUACGAAACCGCUGGAACCAGUCUCGAAACCGCGAGUUCAAAUCUCUCAAUCGGGGAAGGAGCCACCACCGCCCGCGGGAUUUCUCGCGCAGUGUUAUCUCCUCUAUAAAAGACAAUUGAUGUGUCUGAAGAGAGACCACACUCUCAUGGUCGUUCGUUUACUUUGCCAUCUGUUGAUCGGGGUUAUCUUUGGUUAUCUUUACAUGGGAAGCGGUUAUCGAGCGAACGGUGUACUUGCCAAUUACGCAUACGUUUAUGGAUCUCUUUUGCUCAUCGUCUACACUGGAAAAAUGGCCGUUACUCUUGCCUUCCCUCUGGAAAUGCAAAUUCUGAAGAGGGAACAUUUCAAUCGAUGGUAUCGUCUCGCACCGUAUUACAUCAGUAUGUUGCUCGUCGAGAUACCCUUCCAAGCGGCCUGUGCCGCGACUUAUCUCGGGGUCAGCUAUUGGUUGACAGGUCAACCUGUAGAAACUGAUCGUAUUCUUCCCUUCAUGAUCGUCAGUAUCGCUGCAAGCUUGACUGCACAGGCAUGGGGAUUUUUCAUUGGUGCAACGACGCCUAUAAAGAUCGCUGUUUUUGCUGGGCCGAUAAUCGCCGUGCUGUUCUCAGUAUUCGGUUUUUGCAUACGCUACAUGGACACGCCGGCAGCAUUUCGUUGGAUGUUUCACGUUUCGUAUUUCCGUGCUGGCUUUCACAGUCUCCUGUACACGGUUUACGGCUCUGGACGCAAAGACCUCAAAUGCGAUGAUUUUUACUGUCACUAUAAAAAGCCAGCGCAGUUUCUCAAAGAAAUGGAAAUCAACGACACGAGCGUCGUCAAUAAUCUAGUUCUCAUCGUCGGCAUCGGCGUUCUCCUUCAUCUUCUCACCGCGAGCGCCCUCUGGUGCAAACUUAAUCGAAAAAUAGGAAAAAUGUCAGCGACUUUGCCGGACGUGAAACCUGCUCCUCCGAGUACGUUAAAACUCGACGUUGACAUCGCUAGGAUGGACCAGCCGGAUGCUGCUGGCGAUGCUACGACGUCGUUGAGAACCACCGGCAAAUCCUUGAAUUUGGAAUUUCACGGCUUAUCGUUUUCUGUUCGCAACGGAUUACUAUCGAAAGGGAGGAGACUGUUGCUGAAUGACAUCAGCGGGGACUUCAGAUCCGGCGAGCUCACAGCGAUAAUGGGACCGUCGGGAGCUGGAAAAUCGACGUUGAUGGACAUUUUGGCGGGAUUUACAACGACCUCGAUCACGGGCAGAGUCGCGAUAAACGGACGCGAUCGUGACCUCACAGCGUUCCGGAGAUCCUCGGCGUACAUAAUGCAGGAGGACGACCUUCAAGCGUUGUUGACGAUCGACGAGGCGAUGAGAAUAGCCGCCGAGCUCAAGCUGCGUUCGACCCACAACGAGAAAAUGCAAAGGAUCGAUGAAAUACUCGUCGCCAUGGGAUUGUCGCCGAAUCGAGACACGCGGAUCGGCAGCCUCAGCGGGGGCCAGAGAAAGAGAGUUGCGAUUGCUCUCGAGCUGCUGAACAACCCGCCAAUCAUGUUUUUCGACGAGCCAACCAGUGGGCUCGACAGCGUUUCCUCGAAGCAGUGUCUCAGCCUGCUGAAUAUUCUGGCGAGGGAAGGCCGGACGAUCAUACUGUCGAUUCACCAGCCGAGUGCGACUCUCUUCAACAUGAUUGACCACCUGCACGUGAUAGCGGAAGGAAACUGCGUCUAUACCGGCGGGACAAAAGCCCUGGUGCCGUUUUUGGGGAAGCAUGGACUCAACUGUCCAACUUAUUACAAUCCGGCGGAUUUCCUGCUGGAGGUCUGCAACGGGGAUUACGGCGACCACGUGGGCAAAUUGGUAAACUCGAUAGAGAACGGGAAAUGCAACGAUUGGCGUUCCACUUCGUCGGUCGAUUGGAACACGAUCGAGGAAAUAAUUGCAUCCGGCUUGAGCUUGCACUCGCAUCUGCCAGCGAGAACACCGCAAUCUCCGAUCACUCCUCUCUACUGCGAACGACAAAAUAAAGAAAAGGAUCCCGCUUAUUACGCUACAGGAUUCUGGAAACAGCUGUACGUCCUGUCCAAGAGAAACGUCAUCAAACUGUCCAGAGACAAGGUUCUCACGUUCAUGCGACUGGGAAUGCAUCUGUUGGUCGCAGUCCUCGUCGGGGUUUUGUACUACCAAGUGGGCCAGGAUGCAUCUUACGUAUUCGACAACUUCAACGCUCUGUUUUUCAACAUAAUGUUUCUCAUGUACAGUGCCUUCAGCGCAACGUUGAUAACGUUCCCAUCCGAAUUGCCGAUCGUGUCGAGGGAGCAUUUCAACCGAUGGUACAAGCUCCGAUCUUUCUAUCUGGCGAACAAGAUCGCUGAUUUCCCGGUGCAAGUUGCUGCAGCGUCGAUUUACACGCUCAUCGUCUUCUACUUGACGGGCCAGCUUCCGGAGAAACGAAGACUCGUCCUCUUCGUUCUCAUUUACGUACUUAUCAGUCUCGUAGCUCAAAUGCUCGGCGUCAUUUUAGGCAUCGCCAUGAAGGUUCAGAAUGGCGUGAUAUUCGGGCCCCUGGUCAUUUUACCGUUCACGCUCUUCAGUGGCUUUUUCGUCCACCUCAAUGACGCACCUCCCUACCUUCAGUGGCUCUUUCACACCUCGUUUUUAAAGUACGGCUUCGAGGGUGUCAUGACCACUAUUUACGGGUUCAACCGAAAAAAAUUGGCUUGUUCUGAAAUCUACUGCCAUUUCGCUGCUCCCCAGAAACUGAUGAAUGAACUGGACAUGAAGAACAUCGACUAUUGGUACUCAAUUUAUAUUCUAGUAGGCCUAUACAUUUUUCUCGAUUUGGUUGCUUUUGCGGCGCUCAGGCUCAAGCUCAAAAUAAUACGUCGGUAGUAUCGAGUCGAAUGAGCUGAUUUUAAUUGUAUCUAUUUCAAAAAUAUUCACAAUUUGACAUUACAUUAGAACGCAGGGACGAAGAAAGGCUGGCAUUCUCAUGGACCGCGAGACCCGUAAGACUUUAUUUUCAUUAUGCACUGAGAAAAAACGUUUUGUUGAUCGAAAGCAAUGGCCAUUUCGUCCAGUCAGAAUAUUAUAAUUAAAUUAUUAAUUAAUUAUUAGCCAUCGGUCCUAAAAGUUGUUGGAUCCAAGAAACUUUGGUCCAUCAGGGUGUUUUAGUUCAACGAACAAAUUAUUUUCUCAGUCCAUUGAUUAUAAGGACGACCAAACGACGAUUGACUUUUAGAAGCAACUCGAUCAUACUAAUUGCUCGAAAAAUUUUCAAAAUCUUUCGACAACGAUAAAUCAGAAUUCACGAUAUAUCUUCGAGCUCGGUAAUCAACGAUCAACAUAUCUUACGGUGGAAUCUAGUCACAGCAAAAUUUUUUACAUCUUUAAUACGAAGGGAAACACGUGAUUGUUCGUUAAAUAAAACUAAUCAGCAUUUUUUACUCUGAAUCAAACCACAAUGAUAAUGGAGUCAUGAUAUUAAUGCCAUAAUAUAAACAAUCAAAUAUAAAAGACAAUAAAUUAGUUGAUAAGUCAAAGAAAUACUUUUAUCGACAAGAAACGCCACUGCGACGAUCAAUCAACGAAUUGUUAAUAUUUUAUCAGCGAGCUGUAAAUACUUACCUAGUUAAUUUUUUACUAUUCGAGCACCAUUUUUCAUGGUGAAAUAUGAAAAAACCACAACGACAGGAGCUUCUGCGCGGUAGUGAAAAAUUUCGUUCACAUUGGCUGACAAUCGAGAAUUAUAAAAUAUUGAAAUCUGUAUAAAUACAGAGAUAUGGUGAGAGCUCGAGUUUUUCCUCUCGGUCAGACCCUCUUUCCGUUUGAGUCGCCUCGCAAAAUUAGUGCCAAUAAAAACGUUCGAGACCUCGAUCUUGUACAACCUUGACAGCGGAUAUUAAAGAAAAAAACUGGAAUGAGUUCAUCGGUCUCCGAGCGUGGCUGACAAUAAGACUAAGUCGAGAUCCGUGGUUUUGAGAAAGGCGCAGUUGAAUAUUUCGCUGCUUCAUCCUUCUCCUUAAAUGAGAUGCCAACUCAAAAGGCAAAGAAGUAGAACUUUUUAGACUCGUCACAGUGGCACAUCUUCUUCAGCUGCCAAUUAUUCUUAAUUAUUAUUGAAUAUCGAUUAAUUCAUAUUUUUUAUAUCCAAUUACGUACAUACGUGAUCGAUACGCGUAUCUUCAGAGUUUUAUAGAAAAAUAGUACAUCGAACAAUGGAAUAAGAAAAAAGGGAAGACAAUGUGAUUUAAAAAUAUCUACGGAACUGCGAUAGCGAUAAGAUGAAAAAAAAUUUCUUUGCUGGGAAAAAAAAAACAAAUUUACUGAGGAGAGUAAUUUCGUGGACAAAUUUUUAAUGGCCAUGAAACGACAGUCGAGUAAAAUCAUUCGCUCAUUUUUCCCUCUAUACUCGAGGCGAUAACUGAGAUUUUGAUGCUUCGUUGAAGCAGCCCAUAGGAUGUCCAAUUCGUCGGAUUUUUAUGGGAGGAAUAAAUAGCAAAAUGGGGAAAUACAGUGGUGCCAAAACUGUUGAGAAAAUUUGUCAUUCUUUCUUCUCAUUUCGUUCACGAUCAGUCUCGGUCCUGCUCGCUCAAACUUUUAUUAAGAGUGCCCUGGAGGACGUGAAUUCUCCCGCAAGCAGGAUGCGAGAACUCGAGAGGAUGGUGGAGAAUAAGAAAAACUCACUUUGGAGAAAACCGGUUUUUGCUAACCUGAAAAAUGACAUGGUUUUCUUUUUCUUCAUUUUCUCUUCCUUCAUUGAGAAAAGGUUCGUUUUCUUACUUCAUUGAGAUUCACUGGAUCGGAAAAUCCCAAUUUAUCAAUUGAAAAUGAAAUAUGAAGAAAAAUGAGAGAAAAAAAAAACAAAAACGUCAUAUUCACUGCGUAAUAGCGGCCAGACGUGAGCAAUAAAUGCAAAUUUCGAAAUAUUCGUCAACAUCCGAGAAUAUGGUAAUUCGCUCGAAAUCUCAUUGUUGUUCCCGUAGAAUAUACUGUUGCAUGUAAGCGAACAAUAAAUCGCUAAUUAUUAACGUGCGUGAAAUGAAAGAUCGACCUGCGAUGACUCGGCAUAAAAAAAAAAGUACAAAUUAUUAUUUUUAUCGUAAUUCAUUUUUUAUUGUAUCAAUAAACGGUUACAAAAAUA